AUGGCUGACCAGAUAGCAUAUCUCCUCUUUGGAGAUCAGUCAACUGACACACAUGGCUUCCUCGCCAAUUUAUUCCGCCAAACAGACCGAGGAAUCCUCGCCAACGCAUUCCUUGAACAAGCUGGCCAUGAGCUGAGGAAGGAAAUUGAGACCUUGCCAACAAUCGAGAGGUCAAAACUGCCAAGCUUUCUCAGUCUCCAGAAUCUGAACGAGAGGUAUCAUGCUCAGAGCUUGAAGCAUCCUGGAGUGGACGCUGCCCUCAUAUGCGUGUCUCAGCUGGCGCACUAUAUCGACUAUGCUGAGAAGCACUACGAAGACUUGCUCAUGCCUCACGGGCAGAUGUUUCUUGGUGGGCUAUGCUCUGGUAUGUUCGCAGCAGCAGCUAUCACAUGCACACCGACUCUCUCGACCCUCGUUCCGGUCGCUGUCCAAGUUGUCUUAAUGGCGUUUCGUACCGGAAACUACGUGGCCACCAUGGCUGAGCGGCUGUGCUCACCCGCGGAGUAUUCCGAAAGCUGGACUUACAUGCUACCGGGAAUGGGGGCGGACGAAACCCAGAGCACACUCGACAAGUUCAACCUAGAAAAUGCUGACAGAAAGCAGAGGAUCCCUCCUGCUAGCCAGGUCUACAUCAGUGCAAUCUCUGUCCCUAGUGUUGCUAUCUCGGGCCCACCGAGCGUGUUGAGACUGUUAUUCAUGUCUGGUCACCUCUCGGUGCGACCAACGUCAAUACCGGUCUAUGGACCAUACCACGCCACACAUCUGUACUCAUCCGUCAGUGUGGACAGUGUCUUGCGUCUAAAGGAUGCUGCCGUCCAAGACACGUUCCACGACACCAAGCCGAGGUCUCCAAUCAUGUCGUGCAAGACCGGCGAAUGGAUGAUGGAGGAUGACACUAUUGCACUUCUUGAGCGAAUUGUUUACGAAAUUCUUAAUGAUACUCUGGUGUUUCACAAAUUCUUAGAUGCUGGUGUCGAGCUGGCACAUCAAUUCGACAGCAAGACGAUCCUCAUAUUACCUUUCGGACCGACACAGAAUGCUGCCACGCUGGCAAAUCUCUUGAAGAGCAAGACUUCAAACAACAUCAUCCUCAGAACCCCUCCACAGAUCCCAAAGGAGAGCACAGAAUCCAGCGUGGGCAAUCACGGCUCGACGGGAAGAUGCAAACUGGCUAUUGUCGGUAUGGCAGGCCGCUUCCCUGAUGCCGCCAGCCACGAGAAGCUCUGGGAGUUGCUUGAGAAGGGGUUGGCUGUCCACCGUGUCGUGCCGGCCGAUCGCUUCCCUGUUGCGAACCAUGUCGAUCCAAGCGGAAAGGCUAUUAACACUAGUCACACGCCAUAUGGAUGUUGGAUUGAGAAGCCUGGGCAUUUUGAUCCUCGCUUCUUCAACAUGUCGCCACGGGAAGCCUUUCAGACGGAUCCGAUGCAAAGGAUGGCGUUGACAACAGCCUAUGAAGCGCUGGAGAUGUCAGGCUAUGUGCCCAACAGGACCCCAUCCACAAGACUGGACCGGAUCGGAACGUUCUAUGGACAGACUUCCGAUGACUGGCGGGAGAUUAAUGCUGCGCAGGAAGUUGACACUUACUUCAUCACUGGUGGCGUUCGAGCCUUUGGCCCUGGUAGGAUCAAUUACCAUUUCGGCUUCAGCGGGCCCAGCCUCAAUAUCGAUACUGCAUGCUCGUCUAGUGCUGCUGCGAUAAAUGUCGCUUGCUCCUCUCUUUGGGCACGCGACUGUGACACCGCAAUCGUGGGUGGCCUGUCAUGCAUGACAAACUCCGACAUCUUCGCAGGCUUGAGCCGAGGCCAGUUCCUUUCCAAGAAAGGACCGUGUUCUACUUUCGAUAAUGAUGCGGAUGGGUACUGCAGAGGUGAUGGCUGCGCAUCAGUCGUCGUUAAACGGCUCGAGGAUGCCGAAGCAGACCACGAUCGCAUCCUGGCCGUUAUUCUCGGCACCGCUACAAAUCACUCCGCUGAUGCCAUUUCCAUUACACAUCCCCACGGUCCCACACAGUCACUCUUGUCGACAGCAAUUCUGGAUCAAGCUGGCAUUGAUCCGCUGGAUGUCGACUACGUCGAGAUGCACGGUACCGGAACGCAAGCUGGUGAUGGAACCGAGAUGGUCUCCGUCACAAACGUGUUUGCUCCGGCAGACAGAAAACGACCUGCGGAUCGGCCACUGUAUCUAGGUGCAGUCAAGGCCAACGUGGGUCAUGGCGAGGCUGCAUCCGGAGUCACUGCUCUCGUCAAAGUCCUCAUGAUGCUUCAGAAGAAUGCCAUUCCUCCCCAUGUGGGCAUCAAGGGGGAGAUCAACAAGACAUUUCCAAGAGACCUUUCCGAGCGUAAUGUCAACAUCGCCUUCCACAGUACUCCAUUUAGGAGACGAGACGGUAAACCUCGGCGAGUCUUCAUCAACAAUUUCAGCGCUGCUGGUGGCAACACUGGCUUGUUACUUGAAGAUGCUCCAAGAAGACAGUCUGCCAUCGAGGACCCACGAAGCCACCACGUCAUCACCCUAACGGCAAAGUCGAAGUCUGCCAUGAUACGUAAUGCCGAGAGACUGGUCACGUGGAUGGCAGAGCACCCAGACACACCAUUGUCCCAUGUGGCUUACACCACCACUGCUCGCAAGAUUCAACACUACUGGCGUAUGAAUGUCGCUGCUGUGGACCUCUGUGAAGCGAGAAAUGCCAUACAAGAUCGCCUGCAACAAAAUUUCUCACCUGUGCUACCGGAACAGCCUAAGGUGGCGUUUCUCUUCACCGGCCAAGGCUCCCACUAUGCAGGCCUCGGCAAGGAAUUUUACGCAUUGCAUUCGAUCUUCCGUCAGUCUAUCGACGAGUUCAACCGGCUGGCACAGAUCCAUGGCUUUCCAUCCUUCAUGCCGCUCAUUGAUGGUACUGAGCAAGACCUUACAAAGCUGUCUCCACUCGUUGUCCAGCUUGGGCUUUGCAGCUUUGAAAUGGCCCUCGCCAGGUUGUGGGCGUCGUGGGGCAUCAAGCCUAGCGUUGUACUCGGCCACAGCCUUGGUGAGUACGCUGCUCUUCAUGCUGCGGGUGUCCUUUCUGCGAGUGAUACCAUCUAUCUUGUUGGUGUUCGUGCCAAACUCCUCAUGGAGAAGUGCAAUUCAUUCACACAUUCCAUGCUCGCCGUUCAAGGCGCUGCUGACGCUGUGAGGGAACCUCUCGGAGACCAAACCCACGAAAUCACUGUGGCCUGCAUCAAUGGUCCUCGUGAGACCGUACUUGCUGGCGAGGCUACGAAGAUAUCUGAAAUAUCUUCUCAGCUGAGUACCGCUGGCUUCAAAUGCACGCAGCUCAAGGUACCUUUCGCUUUUCACUCUAGUCAGGUUGAGCCCAUCCUAGACGACUUUGAAGAGCUCGCCCAGACGGUGAACUUCCGCGCUCCCAAACUUCCUGUCGUUUCUCCUCUACUGGGCAAAGCAAUUGAGACUGAGCUCAUCAAUCCAGCCUAUCUCCGAAAGCAUGCUCGUGAGGCUGUCGAUUUCCUCGGCGGUCUUGUACACGCACAACAGUCCGGGGUUAUUGACGAGAAGACCGUCUGGCUUGAAGUCGGACCGCAUCCGAUCUGCGCCAAUAUGGUCAAGGCUGCUUUCGGUGCGACUACCGUUGCUGUGCCCAGUGUUCGCCGCAACGAGACCUCCUACAAGACACUGAGCUCCUCUCUCUGCACGCUCCACUCAGCAGGCCUGAACAUUGAUUGGAAUGAGUUCCACCGUGACUUCGCGGGUUCUGUUCGUAUUUUGGACCUCCCCAGCUACUCCUUCGACGAGAAGAACUACUGGCUACAGUACACGGGUGACUGGUGUAUCACAAAGAAUCGUCGUGCUCUAGCGGCAGCUGCCGAUGUUGUCACCAAGCCUUUGAGGCCUCGAUUGUCCACAUCUUCGGUCCAGAACGUCAUUAGCGAAGAAGUCCAGGGUGACGUUGCCAUCGUUGAGAUCGAAUCCAAUUUGUCUCGUGAGGACUUGCGGCUUGUUGUCUCUGGCCACCAGGUCAACGGUGCCCCACUAUGUCCUUCGAGUCUGUAUGGCGAUAUGGCUAUGACUGUGGCCGACUAUGCAUACAGACUGGUCCGUCCUAACGCUGAUAAACUCGGCUGCAACGUUGGCCACAUGGAGGUUCCAAAAACACUCAUUUUUGACGAUACUCUUGAGAGGCACAUCCUCAGGCUCAAGGUCACGGCUGACGUCGCUACUGAUAAGGCUGAUUGUUCAUGGUACACUAUCGAAGGGGCCAGGAAGACCGAGCAUGCCAUCUGUCAAGUUUCCUAUGGAAACACCGAUGAGUGGGCCAGUGAGUUCGAGCGUGCCGACUACCUCAUCAAAGGUCGCAUCGACGCCCUGAGAGCAGCUGAAAAGGCUGGAAAAGCCUCAAAGAUUGGGCGCGGCCUUGCCUACAAACUAUUCGCUGCGCUUGUUGACUAUGAUCGUCGAUACCGUGGCAUGGAGGAGGUCAUUCUUAACAGUGAGACCUGUGAAGCCACCGCCAAGGUUGUCUUCCAGACUUCCGAAAAGGACGGAAGCUACCACUUCAGCCCGUUCUGGAUAGACAGCUUGUGUCACAUCUCAGGCUUCAUCAUCAACGGCACAGAUGCUGUUGACUCACGCCAGCAGGUCUUCAUAUCCCACGGCUGGGGCUCAAUGAGAUUUAUUGAGACGCCCGUAUCUGGCAAGGCCUACCAGACGUACAUCCGCAUGCAACCUGUGAAGGGCACGAAAAUAAUGACUGGUGAUGCUUACGUUUUUGACGAUGAUAGACUCAUCGGCAUCACUGGUGAUAUCCGCUUUCAGUCCAUUCCCCGCAAGGUUCUCAACAUGCUUCUACCACCUCGUGGAGCCGCCGCCGCCGCCACUGCCGCCACUACUGCGCAGGAUACUCGUGCGCCGGUCGCCCCAGCUGACAAAACGCAAUCGAAGAGCGCCCAUGUCAAGGCCACCAAGCACAAGAAAAUGCUCACUUCUUCAAACCUCUCUCAGGUGGACAAGAAGCUCACAUCCAUGGUAGCCCAAGUGAUGGAGAUUCUUGCCAAGGAAGUUGGAGUGAGCGAUGAUGAGCUCGCUGACAACAUUGCAUUUGCGGAUCUGGGCGUCGACUCGCUCAUGGGCUUGACUGUCUCGGGCCGUCUUCGUGAGGAUCUGGAUUUGGACAUCAGCUCUCAUGUGUUUGUAGACUAUCCAACGAUUGCUGCCUUCAAGUCUCACUUACAGCAGUUUGAGAGACCCGGAGUGGCCCGAGGCUCCUCGUCAUCGGACUCCAUCGACUCUUAUUCUGAGGCUGAGGAAACAUCUGAACUGGUGGAGACCGACUCUGAUGUCACCACUCCUGACAACGAGAGCAGCUCGGACGAGUAUUUGAAGGCUGAGAAAGGUCACAAUACCGAUCUCCAGACAAUCGUGCGAGAAGCCAUUGCUUCGGAAAUGGGCGUCGACGUCGAGGAGAUUAUUGCAGCCCCAAAUUUGGCGGACCUUGGGAUGGACUCUCUAAUGAGUCUGAGUAUUUUGGGAAUUUUACGGGAGAGGACAGGUCUCAACAUCCCAUCUGACCUCUUCAUCUUGAACCCAUCGCUCAAGCAUGUUGAGCGAGCCCUGGGAAUCUCCGACGCAGCCAAAAAGCCGGCGACAAUUAAGCUUGUCUCUGCGCCGAAGCAGGUCGACUUUCAGGAGUCAAGAUCUUCUUCGAGUGCUAGGGUGCUGCCUCCAUCUAUGGCUACAGCCAGCAUUACAAAACCACCUCGCCCCAGCCACAUCAUCGACGACUACCCUAACCGCAAGGCUUCGUCUGUCCUCCUUCAAGGCAGUCAUCGUACUGCGACCAAUCACCUUUUCAUGGUUCCGGACGGCAGCGGAAGCGCAACCUCCUACACGGAGAUUUCCGAUGUUGCACCCCACUGGGCUGUCUGGGGCCUUUUUUCACCCUUCAUGAAGACACCUGAAGAGUACAAGUGUGGUGUGUAUGGCAUGGCUACCAAGUUCAUCACGGAGAUGAAGCGGCGCCAGCCCAAGGGGCCGUACAACCUAGCUGGCUGGUCUGCAGGUGGUGUCAUUGCCUACGAGAUUGUGGUCCAGCUGACACAGGCUGGCGAGCGUGUUGACAAUCUCAUCAUCAUCGACGCUCCUUGUCCAAUCACCAUCGAGCCUCUCCCAAGGAGUCUCCACGCAUGGUUCGCCAGUAUCGGCCUUCUCGGUGAGGGCGAUGUGAAGAAGAUUCCCGAAUGGCUUCUACCGCACUUUGCAGCGUCAGUCACCGCACUCAGUAAUUACACAGCCGAGCCGAUCCCCACGGACAAGUGUCCCAAUGUCAUGACAAUCUGGUGCGAGGACGGUGUGUGCCACCUGCCCACCGACCCAAGGCCUGAUCCAUACCCGACCGGGCACGCGCUCUUCCUGCUUGACAACAGAACGGACUUUGGUCCUAACCGGUGGGAUGAGUAUCUUGACCUUCAGAAGAUGAGGAUGAGACAUAUGCCCGGGAAUCACUUCUCCAUGAUGCAUGGCGACCAGGCGAAGCAACUUGGUUCUUUCAUACGUGAAGCUCUGCUCUAG